AAAUUAAAAAAUAAUUUUAAAAAAUGUUAAAUUUGGAGAUAUCGAAUGAUUUUCACAAAUUUAUAAAAUCCCUCAACGAAACCAAUUCCAAACACGGCGAGGAGAGGGUAAUCUAUCGCGAAAUUUCAAAGUUAAAAAUAUCCUUUCAAAAUAAAAACAUCACCAAAAGUGAGAUAUAUAAGAAUUUGAUGAAGUGUAUGCACAUAGAGAUGCUGGGCUUUAGUACCAAAUUUGCGUACAUCCACGCCGUCAACUUAGCACAGGAUAAAGACCUCAAAUUCAAAUCUCUAGGAUAUUUAUGUUGUACUUUGAUGUUGCAGAAUAAUGACUUGGUUAUUCUCUUAAUCAAUACUAUACAAAAGGAUUUAAGUAGUGGUAACGUGAUGAAUAAGUUGUUGGUGUUGAGUAAUUUGAGUUAUUUGAUGAAUGAGGAGAUGCUGGAGAUUGUGUUACCGCUGAUACUAAACUGCUUAACACACGAAAACGAACUUGUACGCAAAAAAACUAUCAUUCUACUCACUCACAUCUACCAACUCUACCCGACACUCCUACACACCAACAUCACACACAUCAUCGAGAGGGGAAUGUAUGACAUAAACCCUAGUGUAAUGAAUGUAACGUUGACGCUGCUGAGGAUUUACAUCACCGGUGGUAAUAGUGUGAAUGAAGAUUUGUGGAUAAACGUGUUGAUGAACAUAUGGAAGCAAAUUUUGGACAAUAAACUCAAUAGAACUUUUUACUACAACAGAAUCGCAGCCCCGUUCAUACAACUUAACAUUAUGAAGUUGUUAUCUCUACUGUGUCAUAACAUCGAACUAAGCAAUUUAAUCUACAACAUUCUCUACAAAUUCACACAAUCACUCGAGUCACACACUAAUUAUUUUAACUCGGGGAAUAGUGUGACUGGGGUGAACAGUGUUAGUAUGGGGAACAAUGUGACGGUGAUGAUGAUUUAUGAGUUUGUGAAGUUAUUGUCGAGUAUUCACAUUAACCACAUCUUACUCUCUAUCGCGUCGCUCUACAUCUCAAAACUAUUGAAUGGAGGAAUGAUAAUGUGUUAUGUGAGUGUGAAGUGUAUAAACAUGUUGAUGGACAGGAGGUUGGUGAUCACGACGGAUGACCAGUUGAAAUUACUAAAAUUACUCUCUUGCGAGGAUGAAAUUGUGCAAAUUCACAUUUUAAAACUGCUUUUCAAACUUAUCAACGAUAAUAACUUCAAACUCAUCUUCAACACUAUUUUUACCCACUACCACUCACUCACCCAUAAAUCCUUCAUCGAACUUAACACUAUUAACUAUAUUAAUACUAUUAACAUAGGAGACCCAGAGGGAGCUAAUAAUAUACCCCUAGAGGGAGCUAAUAAUAUACCCCGAGAGGGAGCUAAUAAUAUACCCCGAGAGGGAGCUACUGUAGAGGAACUGGGUGAUCGAGAGGGAGCUAAUAUUAUAAGGGGAGAGAUAGCCAAAUUGGAAAAGUGGCGUUUGAAGAUAAUGAUAGAAUUGCUGUUAAAGAGUAGUAAUGUGUUUUUCAUACUGAAUAACAUUGUCAAGUUGUUGAACAAUUCGGUGGUCCAAUGGCUCCACACCAAGUGCCUGCAACUGUUACCAAACCGUAACAUCAAACUUCUGCUCAUACAUCUUGUUACACAUUUUCCCCAACUCUAUACCGCAGACGUGGUAACGAAGAUAUUAAGUGACAGAUGGGAUAAACUGGAGCUCUAUUGGAUUUACAAUAAUCUACGCCAUUUUUCCACCGUAAAUAGUAUGGAAAAUACUGUAAACACUGUGGAAAAUGUGGAAAAUGUGGUAAAUAGUGUAAAAAUGUGUAAAAGUGUGGAAUUGAGGCAGGUAAUGUUGGAAAUGAAAAAUAUGAAAAAGCACAAAUUCGAAAUGACAAAUAAUAAAUCCUACGACAUCAAACUUUCAUUCCUAAACGACUGGGUGAGAAAAGAUGUGAGAAGAUAUGAGAGGAAAAGAUAUGAUCCAGAGCCUGAACCGAUCCAAGAGCAAAAACUAAACUUUAAACCCUACCAACUUAUCUCCAAUACCAUAGAAAAUACUGAAAAUAAUACUAUAGAAGUGGAUAGUGUAAGAAGUGUUACUGUAGAAAAUGGGAACACAAUGGAGAAGAUGGAGAGGGAGGAAAGAUUAAUAAUUGACAUAAAAAACAAAUCCUGGGGACCUAAAGGAUACAUUAACACUGUUAAUAGUGUUAACACUGUGAAUACUGUAAACUCUGGUAACACCGUAACUACCGUAACUACUGUAAACCCUGUGGAUAGUGUGAAUACUGUAAAUAGUGUGGGAUCAAAUAGUAAGAGGGAGGAGGAGUUGGCGAAAAAGAUAUUCGAAAAUAUCAAUCCAACACUAUAA